AUGGACCGCGGAACAAUGCAAAACAAUGAUUUGUCCCUUGAGAAUUGUGACAUUGACAUUUUGGACAACGGGAGGACCAACAAAGAUGUCAUAGACAAUAAAAUAAAAGAGCUGGGCUCAGUGGACAAUGAAGAGCCGUUCUAUGUGGCAGAUCUAGACAGCAUGUACAAGAGGCACGCAGGCUCUGUGUUCAAACAGGCCAUCGCAGAUGCCCGACACGUCUUUGACAUGGCGAAUUUGCUCGGAUUCCAGAUGAGACUCUUGGAUAUUGGGGGAGGAUUCUCUGCGAUCGGGGACUUUAAAGAGAAAUUUGAAGAGUUUUCAGUCAUCAUUAACGAAGCACUGGAUGAGUUAUUCCCACCUGACUGUGGGGUGCAGAUUAUUGCAGAGCCAGGCCGCUACUACGUGGAAUCUGCCUUCACACUGGCAGCCAAUGUCAUUGCCAAAAGAGUCAUCAGUGAUGAUAUGGAUGAAGAUAGCGACCGUGAGGAAAGCCUUGACAGAAUGAUGAUGUACUACCUGAACGAUGGAGUGUACGGCUCCAUGAGUUGCAUUAUCAACGACCCUGCUCACUCCAACCUCAAACCGUAUCUUCACAGGGUUGUCGACAGCAGCGAGCGGCGCUAUUGCUCUGUUAUCUGGGGUCCAACCUGCGACAGCUUUGACAAAGUAACUGACAACUACUGGAUCUCUGAGUUGCACGUGGGGGACUGGCUUCUAGUUGACAACAUGGGAGCUUAUACUAUCUGUUCAUGCACUGACUUCAAUAGCUUUGAAAGAGCACACAUUUACACUGUUGUGACAGCUGAGACAUGGCACGCCUUAAACCUAUCUCAAACCUUCGGCAUGCAUAAAUGAUCUGGAAACUCUUCUUUUAGAUAUCUAUCUUUUACAUGCAA